AUGGUCCAGCGUUUGCCCUACUGUCAUAAGCUGUCCUACAAUACAGCCUCUAACAAAAGUAGGCUGUGCCGAACCUCUGGUAACAGAAUCAUUUACCUUUAUACCAAGAAGGUUGGGAAACUACCAAACUCUGCAUGUGGCGUGUGCCCAGGCCGACUUCGAGGAGUUCGUGCUGUGAGACCUAAAGACCUUAUGAGAUUGUCUAAAAUGAAAAAACACAUCAGCAGGGCCUAUGGUGGUUCCAUGUGUGAUAAGUGUGUUCGUGACAGGAUCAAGCGUGCUUUCCUUAUCGAGGAACAGAAAAUCAUUGUGAAAGUGUUGAAGGUGCAAGCUUCAACAGAAAGCUGA